CCAUUUUGUUUAGUGUCCGCUGGACGCGUCGUGCGUCGGGGUGCCGCGGGGUUGCUUUCAUGACUGUCAACAGCAAGAUAUUCGCGGCUCUCUGAGCUCGCCUACCAACUGGGACAUACACAUACAAGUGUCACGUUCGAGACGGUGUGAUGCGUGCAUAAUCCUCUGCAUGAUUAUUGUGCUGUGCGAGACGAGGAUCAUUUCUACGAGAGAGCCGCCGAGGACUCUCGUGCGCCUCGUAGUGUCAGAUACACAGCAGCAGCACCAGCUCCGAAGAGUCCGUGACUGCAUGGCGUCAGUUUCGACUUUAUGGAUACCUCGUAGGGAAUCGCCGUCGCCGCCGCCGUCUACCACGGCGAGAAUUUGUUCAGCAGUACUUGAUAACGGAAAAAUAUACAAGCAUGCGCACCCCUGCUGAGACCGAGACGCUAUCUCAACCUGAGAUGUACAAAUUUGAGUCUCAGGAAACGGAUACAACGUCGACCGUUAAUCAAGUAGUUUUAUCAACAUCUCACUCGGAAUCGCACAUAUUUACUAAUAGCAUGUUAUGCAUCCAAGAAGAAUUGGGCCAGCUAGGUGGAAUUGCAGGAGGUCCAAUAGUCACUGAUUCAAGAGAAGCUCAAAUACCUAAUAACAACCAUACCAAUUCUGAAAGCAAUACAAAUUCCAGUGAAACUGCGACAAAAUGUACUCCUGGUUCUGGGUCUUUGGACACGCAAAGGACAAGUUGGGUCGAAGGUAUAUUGGGUUGCAUGCGCCCAGUUUGGAGUAUGCUUUCCAAAGCAGCUGUAAAUGAAAAGAUUAAAGGACAUCAAACGGACGAUUGGGAAAUACCGUUUGAAUCGAUUAGCGAACUUCAGUGGCUUGGAUCUGGAGCACAAGGGGCAGUAUUUAGUGGGAAAUUAAACAAAGAUAUUGUAGCUGUCAAAAAAGUACGCGAACCACGCGAGACUGAUAUAAAACAUUUACGAAAGCUUAAUCAUCCGAAUAUUGUUCAAUUUAAAGGAGUAUGUACACAAGCACCUUGUUACUGUAUAAUAAUGGAAUUUUGCCCGUAUGGACCAUUGUAUGAUCUUCUCAGGGCUGGGGAGCCUGUUCCACCUCCUAGAUUAGUAUCAUGGUCUAAACAAAUUGCAGCUGGAAUGGCUUAUCUUCAUGCACAUAAAAUUAUACACAGAGAUCUUAAAAGUCCAAAUGUAUUAAUCGGGCAAGGAGAAUUAGUAAAAAUUAGCGAUUUUGGAACUAGUAGAGAAUGGAAUGAAAUUAGUACAAGAAUGAGUUUUGCUGGUACUGUCGCCUGGAUGGCUCCGGAAAUAAUUAGAAACGAGCCAUGUUCUGAGAAAGUAGACAUAUGGUCGUAUGGUGUUGUAUUAUGGGAAUUAUUAAGUGGCGAAAUACCUUAUAAAGAUGUAGAUUCUUCUGCAAUAAUUUGGGGUGUGGGCAACAAUUCUCUCCACUUACCGAUCCCAGCAAGUUGUCCGGAGGGUUACAGGUUACUCGUAAAGCAAUGCUGGGCUGCGAAGCCGCGCAAUAGACCUUCCUUUAAGCACAUUGAAAUUCAUCUCGGUAUUGCAGCGGUCGAAGUACUAUGUACAAAACCCGACGAAUAUUUUAAAACACAGCAAUCAUGGAAGAAAGAAAUUAGGGAUCACAUGAAACAAAUGCAAACAAAUAGUUGUAGUAGUCCGAGAUUUGAAGCUGACUUAAUUCGACGACGUGAGGAUGAAUUGAGGCAUGCUCAAGAUAUUCGAGAACACUAUGAACGUAAAUUGGAGCGAACUAAUAAUUUGUACCUAGAAUUAAGUGCUGUUUUACUACAAUUGGAGCAACGUGAACGAGAUGUAAUCAAACGCGAACAACAAAACGGAUAUAAACAGUGUAAAAAACGUCUUGUACAUCCUCUUCUAAAAGCUCAAGAAAGACUUCAUCGUAGACGUAAUCCAACGACGCAAUUUUCAACAUCAUCCACACCAACAACUCCACCAUCACCGACAGACUCUUCCCAGAGCCCUGUGAAAGCAACAAUGUAUACACAAUUAAAUGAAUCUAACCAACCAGAAACGAUUCUGGCUCCAAAUAAUAGUUUUAAGCAACGUAAAUACAGGCAUCGUAGAGUAGGAUCAGGAUGUGGUGUAAGUUCCAGCCCUAGAUCAAGCCCUCAUCGCGAAAGAAAAAGUACUGAAGUAUGUGCACGUUUUAUAGACAGUCAAACGCAAACAGAAAUGCUAGACAUUAGUGAAACUGAUUUUAGUCCUGUUACAAAUACAACAACAGUAUCAACAACAGAAAAGCUUUCUGUAAAUAGCAUUAAUAAACAAUCGUUAACUAAACAAGUACCAGAGUGCUUAAACGGAAACUCAAUACUAUCCGAAGCUCAUUACAGAAUACAAUCUAGUCCCUGUUCCAGCCCUGAACCUACAAAUGAAAAUCAUGUAAAUGGAAAUGAACGUUUAAAGGAUUGUAGUGAUGAUGAUAAUUUAGAAACACUUGGCCGAAAAGUUAGUGAAAUUAUUAAUGCUAAUCGCCUUAUUUCGCCUAUAGAUAAUGGAAACUGUGACGACGUGAUAAUAUCACAUAGAGGUAAAGAAGAAUCGGUGAAAUUAUCUGGUCACUUUUGUGGGAUUAUUAUUAACGGUACUAAUAUGCAACAAGAACAGUCUGAAAUUAGAACGCGGCCUUGUACUGAAAGUAUGGAUACGUUGCGUGAUCGUGAAGAUGAUAAUUGUGAAGAAAGUUGGUCAGACGAAGAAGGAGAAGAUCCAAGUUACACUUAUAAUUACUCUCUUAGACGAAGAAGUAUUGCAAGAAGACCUAUUGGUCCUGGAUGUAGAUUAAGAAGAUUUAAACAUGCCACAGUGCGAAUAGAAGGAGUGUUAGCUUCUGACGAGGAAAAUACUUCUGAAUAUUCACAUCCUCCGUCCAGUCAGUCAUCCACGUUAGAGAGUAAUCCUGAUGUGCAAAGAGUAUUUCGUAAUAUUCAUUAUUCUCAUAAGAGAAAAGAAAUAGAUGAUGUUUCUGAUACGUCGAGUCAAUCGGAAACAGACGAAGUCAGUGAGAUUACAAUUGCAUCUCAACCAGUAGGUGCAAACUUGAAAAUAGAAAGCAGCGUUUAGAUUAAUGUAAUUUUUAUAUCUCAUUUAUGAGUGAUAUAUUAUAAGACCCUAAUAGCCAGUGCAUUUCUGUAGUGUAUGUUCUCAUUCUAUUCUAUGUUAAAUAUUGUAGAUAUUUA